CAGCUCCAAGGACUCGGCUCCGGGGCUGCGAGCAGGACGCAGGGGCUGUGUCGCUGCUGCCCGAGGAUGCUCUGCACGGCACCCACAGAGCACUGAGCCCGCCCAGCAUCCCAAAUCCCGACCCCGAGGGCUGGGGAAGGUCUGAGGAUGUGAGUGAGGAGGGAAUGAGGCCGAUCCUCAUCCUGGGAUGCCCAAGGGAUCCUGCGCAGCAGCCAAAGCCGUCCCUGCCCCUGUCGGCUCUGGGCUUUGGACAGCGCUGCCCCCGGAGGUGCCCGCGGUGCCGGGGCUGCAGGAACUCACCUGGAUGUAGCUGGCAGAGAUGCCCGUGGUGCUGCCAGCUGCCCCCGCGGCCACGCGGGAGAAGCAUCGGGCAGGAGGGAGGUGCAGGACCACAGGCAGCCCCGGGUGGAGGGUGCUGGACACCCCCGCAGGUGAGGAGUGUGAGUCCUGCUGGCCCCGCUCCCCCGAGCUGCUGCCCCGCUGGGACCGCCCGGGACAAUGGUGGUGGGACACGACCGCGGCACCGGGGACCCGUCCUCAUCCCCAGGGAAUGGCACCAGGUAAGGCUGGGGUGACAGAGCAGAGCAGCCCCGCUCCCGAGGCAGGACCUAGCUCCCCGGACCCCUCCGUGGUGCUGCUGGCUCUCAGGGACAGCUUUCCAGCGGAGAUCUCGCUCUCCUUCUCCGUCGAGAGCCGCUCCUCCCGGGGCCGCAAUUCCCAGCUCCAGGAAGCUGCCAGGAAGAAGCUGUGGGCUCUGGAGAGCGAUGACAGAGGUGUCUGUGCCCUGUUCAAGGAGCUGUCAGCCAGGCUGGUCUGCACGCUGGCGCACGAGGAUCGCUUCCUCCUCACCUUCAAAACCCUGGAGGAAGUCUGGAAGUUUUCCACCUAUCUGGCUUUAGGGUACGUGGGGACCUGCCUGGAGCAGCUGCUCUUCGCCCAGGACUUCUGGCUGGACUGUGCCCUGGUGGAGGACACGGAGCUCAGGAUCACCGUGGAUGAAGAGCACCUGGCCACCAUCUACAUGGACCUGCUCCUCCAGGAAGGGAAUUUUUUCUGCAGGGCAGUGCCCGGCGUCUGGAAGUCGGAGCAGGGGGGAGAGGAGGGUCUGCAGCUCUGCAGGAACGAGCUGAUCCACGUGAAGAGCGUCGGACAGGAUUCCAAAUGGGAAGGGACGUCCCUGCUGACGGGGCAGCGAGGCGUGGUGCCCGCCGCAGCUCUGGAGCCGAUUCCUCACCCCUUUUACCAGUGGUUCCUGAAGAAUUAUCCGGUGGGUUUUGGCCUCUCCCAGGAGAUCAGCGGGACGAGCUCCCAGGCCAUUGUCAAAGGCAGGUGCAUCGCCACCAAGGACCACAGAGGAGCAGCGUGGGACGAGCUGAGCUUCUCCAAAGGAGACCCCAUAGAAAUCAUUGGCUUCUUCAUCCCUGGACUGCCCUGGUUCGUGGGCAAAUCCCUCAGCACCGGGAGCAUCGGCUUCGUUCCCACCCAACACGUAAACCUCGAGGCUUGUGAACCUCUGGGAAAGGGCUUCGUGUUUCUGAGCGAAGAGGAGAAGCCCCCAGUCCUGCACCUGCCCUGCAGUGGGGACGAGCAGCACUUUGCCACCCUGCUGGGGGACCUGGCGCACACUGACAUCACCUCCGUGUACAGGUUGGCUGGUUUUGAACCCUCGGCCGUGUUCCCUCAAGCGCCACCGGAGGCUGCUCUCCACGGCAGUAAAGAAAUCCAAGUGCCCCAGUCCUGGGAGGAAAUCAACGACUGGGCUACCAGCAGCACCUCAGAGCUGUCCAGCCCAGGCAGUGAAACAGCCCCUGCCACACUGGAAGAUGUUCUCCUGGAGAAGCUGGACGACUUGGAUUAUCCCAAAUUCUUCAUCGACCUCAACGCUGGACACAUGGAGGACGCUGAUGUCUUCGACCCCAUAUUGACCUUCCUCAACCAAGACAGUUUUGUGCCCAGUUUUCAAAGCUUUUACGACCUCAGCUUCUCCUUUCUCCACUCCACCUUUUAUGGUUUCUCUGACGAGGAUGAACUGGUCCUGUACCUCGAGACUUCCCGGAACUGGGCCAAGAGGACUCGUUCUGUUUGGGCUCACGUCAGGCUCUGUUUCCUCUUGGGUAAGCUCUGCAUCAAAAAGGUGAAGUUCUCCCAGGCUCGGGUGUACUUUGAGGAAGCCAUGAGUGUCCUGGACAGGGGCUUUGGGGACCUGCCCCUGCUGGCAGCGCUGCACGUCAGCCUCGCCUCCGUCUACCUGAAGCAGAACAUGAAGCACAAGUUCUCCUCCCUGCUGGGGAAGACGCUGACCUUGCUGCUGUGCCUGCCCGGCCGCUCCUUCAGCUCGGAGAACGAGCUGGAGCUCCUGACCUACGUCCUGAGGGAAUCCAUCGCGGUGGGCAACGCUCCGCUGGAGGCACGGAUCUGCUUCCUCAUCGCCAAGCUCUUCCUGCAGCUGGGCAGAACCGAGGAGGCGCUGCCCUUUCUGGAGCACCUCCAGUGCCUCAGCACCGCCUGCCUCGGCCCAGGCGCCCGCGCCGGGCCGCUGGACGCCGCUGCCACCUUGGGCUACCUCUACGACAAGAAGUGCCUGCCGAACCUCGCGCUGGCCUCUGCCAGGUCCUUUGUUCCCAGCAGUGCCAAGGGGACGCCGACCCCCGUCUGGAGAGCCGGCUUCGUCCUCCAAAACGUUUCCAAGCUGCUGGGGAAGCGGGCGGACGGGAGCGGCAUCCCGGCGCUGGCUUGUCCGUACCUCAAGCAAGCGCUGCAGUUCUGCCGCCAGAGCAGGGCCGCGGCCACGCAGAGGACGCUCUGCGCCGUCCUGUCCACGCUGUACCUGCAGCACGGGGCACGGCUGGACGGGGCGGCUCGUUACGCGGCCAGGGCCGCCGCCCUGGGCAGGCUGCUGGGCGAGGAGGAGGCGUUUGAGUCCUCGCUGUCCUUGGCGUGGGUGCACCUGCUGCAGCAGCGGCCGGGCGCGGCCGGCGACGUCCUGCGGCGGCUGCGGCGCUCCCCGCGCGGCUCGGCCGGCGAGACCCAGCGCGGGGCCGCGCACAACCUGCUGGCCAUGGCCCUCGGGGCCCAGGGCCGCGUUCAGGAGGCCGCGGAGAGCUUCCUGAGGGCCCUGCACAAGGCCAAGGAGGCGGGCAGCAGGAGGAACCAGGCCGUGUCGCUGGCGAACCUGGGCCAGCUGAGCCUCUCGUGCGGGGCGGCCCAGCUGGCCGAGCUCUACCUGCUGUGGUCGGUGCGGCUCUACGCCGAGCUGCAGGGCCGCCGGGAGCCGGACGCGGAGCUGGCACGGGUGCUGCUGUGGCUGGCGCAGGCCGCCGUGGACAGGCGGAGGACGGAAGAUGCCAAACUCUGCUACGAGCUGGCGCUGGGGUUUGCCCUGAAGUGGCAGGACCUGAGGGGCCAGCUGCGCGUCACGGAGCGUCUGUGCCACUUCUACAGCGGAGUGUGCCCCGACCUGCGGGCCUGCAUCACCUACCAGGAGCACCGGGCGUCCUUGGCGCGGCAGCUGCAGGACAGGGAGCUGGAGGGCAGCGCCAGGGAAGCCCUCAGCCAGCUCUACCAGGCUCUGGGCACUCCUGACGCUUUGAGACAAUCCCUGGACUGCACCAAGCAGAGCCUGAGGAUCUUCAUCGACCUCGAGGAGGCUGCGAAGGCGGCAGAGGCCUGGCUGCAGGCAGGAAAGCUCUAUUACCUUCUGCAGGAGGAUGAGCUGGUGGAAAUGUACUUCCAGGCAGCCAUCCAGACCGCUCUGAAAGGGGACAACUUCUCCUUGGCCAUGGAUCUUUACGAGAAAGCGGGUGACACCUUCUUUAAUGGCAGCCGGCACAGGGCCCGGGCAGUGGAGUUUUACAGGGGAGGUGCUGUGCCCCUGGCCAGGAAGCUCAAGGCCACCCAGACAGAGCUGCGGCUGUUCAAUAAACUGGCAGAGCUGCAGAUCAGCCUGCAGGGCUACGAGAAGGCUCUGGAGUUUGCCACGCUGGCAGCCAGGCUCAGCCUCAGGGUCGGGGACCAGCUGCAGGAGCUGGUUGCCUUCCACCGCCUGGCCACCGCCUAUGACCUGCUGCGCAUGUACGAGAUGGCCGAGGAUUGCUACCUGAAGACCCUGGCCAUGCGUCCCCCGGUGCUGCAGAGCUCCGCAGAGGCCCUGUACUACUGCAAGGUCUACUGGCACCUGGGCAACCUGACCCUGCACCAGCUGAAGGAUGAACAGGACGCGGCCACCUACUUCCUGCUGGCCCUCGCCGCGGCCGCCGAGCUGGGAGACCGGGAGCUGCAAGCUCUGCUCCGUGCCAAGCUGGGUGGGAUCCCCGGAGCCCCGGGAGGGGCUGAGGGUGCGCCAGGCUGCGCCACGGACCGGCCCCGGUGGCUGAGCGAGGGUGGCCACGUGGUGUGACCACCCUGGGGACACCCGUGGGAGCCAUCCAGCAGCAAGGUCCGUGUGCUCUCCAGAGCCAGGAGAGGUCCUGCACCGUGUCCUGAGGAGCUGGAAGGGUUUGGGCUCUUCAUUGCAGGAGAGAUCCUGCACCAUGUCCUGAGGAGCUGGAAGGGUUUGGGUUCUUCAGUCCAGGAGAGAUCCUUCACCGGGUCCUGAGGAGCUGCAAGGUUUUGGGCUCCUCAUCUCAAGAGAAGUCCUGCACCACAUCCUGAGGAGCUGGAAAGGUUUGGGUUCCUCAUUCCAGGAGAGAUCCUUCACCGUGUCCUGAGGAGCUGCAAGGCUUUGGGCUCCUCAUCUCAAGAGAAGUCCUGCACCACGUCCUGAGGAGCUGCAAGGGUUUGGGUUCCUCAUUCCUGGAGAGAUCCUGCACCAUGUCAUGAGGAGCUGGAAGGGGGUUAGGGCUCCUUGUCCCAGGAGAGAUCCUGGACCACGUCCUGAGGAGCUGGAAGGGUUUGGGCUCCCCAUCCCAAGCACUUGGGACCCUGCCCUCAUUUUUUUGGGGAUCAGGGCUGUGCCCCAGAGCGGAGGUGGCACAGCCAGGGCAGGAUGAGGCCCCAGCAGCAGUGCUGGAGCUGGGGGUGCAGCAGGGCUGAGCUCCUGGGGGGUUUCAGAAAUGUCCUGCACAGGAUGGGGACCGGGGAGUGCUGUCCCCACAGCUGCCCCACAGCUUGGAGCAGCUCAGCCUGACCCCAAGGUGUCUGAAAUUGCCACUCCUUUACCUCUGCCUGGUUUUUAUCCUCGUCUGCUCCACAACAACAUCUCUGUCAAACCCCUCUCCUGUAAGAAGCACCCCCAAAGAUUUUGGAGGUGAGAGACAGAAUUAGGGAGGUGAGGAGGAAUAAAGGGGCUGGUCCAGCCUCAUCUGGGGGCAGAAAAAAAUCUGCUCAGGGGGAGGCAGAGCCCACCCUCACCCCAGCCCUGCCAUCCUACCGCCUGGAUGGAGCAGGAGCACAGGAAAAGAGCCCUGGCACGGGGUCCCCAUCCCUGAGGGUGUCUGAAGGCGGAGGUGGCAUUUGGGGACACGGGUUCGUGGUGGGGGAAUGGUCGAGCUCGUUGGUCUUAGAGGGAUUUUCCGUCCUGCGUGGUUCUCCGGGGCACAGGGCAGGAACGCGCGGCUCAGCUCUCAGCCCGUCUCGCCACCAGAGAGCAAUAAAUGCUCAUUUUUGCAGCGAGAGCGGCUCCCCUGCACACCCCGAGCUCGGCUCUCCCUGCGAACCGGAGCACGGGGAGGAAGGAGAGGUUUUCCCGGCUGAUCUCUUUGCUUUGACAACGGGUGUCCAUCUGGGGCUUCACCGCCAGACCCCGCUCCCCGCUCCUGCAGCUCCCUGCCCGGGAUGGUUGAACACAGAAUAUUUAUUUCCUCCCCGCUCUCCGCAAAACGCCGAGCUCAGCUUCCUCCCGCAAUCCCUUCGAGGCGUCUGUCGCCGGGGCGAUGGUUAUUUGCUGUUGUUUCCCGAGCGUCCCUGCCCUGCUGCCGGGCAGCCCCAGAGCCCAGCCCGGAGGAGGGAUGUCACCGGGACACACAAAGCAGCCACACGCAGACAAGAGAUUUUUGCAGGGCAGAGAUCCUUCUCCGAUCCACCUCAAAGCUGAGACAGGGCGGAGUGAGAGCCUCUUUGUUUUGUUUCUUACUUUUUAUACAUUUGUGGGUCUAGCAGAAGAUUGGCUUCUGGGGUUUUUCACCCCUCAGCCAAGUGGCUAAACCAACUGUCAGUUACAAUUGUUUUCAGGUUAGAAAUACGCAAACCAAGGACAGAGAAUGAAAAACAAAGGAUUUGUUUAUGUUACAUCUGUGGGAAAAAGGUAGAACUGCUUUUAAUAUUGUACAAUAACUAAAAAGGUCUGACUCCAUUUAUGAAAAUCAAAAGGCUAUAAAAAACUCAGAAAAACCAGGUAACAGAAGGAGAUCACUCUUUCUGUGAAAAACCUUUUCCUAAUGUCCAACCUGUAUUUCCCUUGGUGCAGCCUGAGGCUGUGUCCUCUCCUUCUGUCAGUGCUGCUGGAGUCAGAGACCGACCCCACCUGAGCACAGCCACCCCUCAGGAGGUUGUGGAGAGUGAUGAGGUCACCCCUGAGUCUCCUUUUCUCCAGGCUGAACAACCCCAGCUCCCUCAGUCUCUCUUCAGCGCUGUGUGUGUUUGUUUAAUGCCUCGUGGGGCCAUUUAAGGCCUGGAAUAACGGAGGGGCUGGAUUUCUCUCACAUGUGUUCAUUCUUGGACGGUGGAAAUACCGGGACAGGAAUAAUCCUUUCAUCAUCUGAGCUCUGGUGCGAGCCCGCCGUGGAAUGGGGAGAGAGGAAAUGCUGAUAAAUGGAAAUACAGAUACGGGCAGAGGGCUGGGUUUAUUUGGAUUUUCGUGGAAAUGGCUCUUUUCUGCAGAAAUGCGGCGCCCAACAAUAACAGCUGCUAUCAGCAGACGUUUUUUCGUCGUUCCUUCGUGGCACAGUGGUGCAAGCUGGGCUGGAUGAGAGGCCUGACGUGGAGGAGCAGCGAGGCUGAGGCAGAGAUAAACCUCGAGCUCAGCUCGUCUCCGAGGUGGCUGCUCCUCUCUGGGCAGCGUCUCCUGGUGUUGCCUGGGUCGGUAUCGAGGAGUGGGUAAACACCAGCUGUUCUGCUAAGCAGAGCAGGGGGGAGUGUGUA